GGGACGCGCUCCUUUGGAUGCUGGAUUUCGGGGUUUUGGACUCACUCGCUGACUCUCCUCCACUUCCUCGCUCUGGACUGGGCUGGCCGCGCGAGGACCGGGCGGCGGCAGCCACUGGGGGGAUUCCCGCGGCGGGGGCCGCAGCUGCGCGGGAUUCAAUCGGCCGCCCGGACUCCGGCGGCUCGGGCAGGCGUGGGCUGCGCGGCCGUGGAGGGGCGUGAAGGCGCUGGAGCAAAGUGCUGGUGGCGGCGCGGGAGGCGGUGGCGGAGGCUGCCCGGAGCCAACAUGACCAGGCUCUGAAAGUGUUCCAGCUGAAAGUUCACAUCGGUGCGGCUCGCUGCGGCUUCCGAGGCAGUGACUCCAGGCUGCCCGUGGGCGCUGGUGCCGGGCUGCAGGAUGGUGCGCGUAGCCAGGCCGCUGCUGCUGCUGCUGCUUGCCGUCUUCCUCCACGCGGAUGCUGAGACACCUCCAAGGUUUACACGAACUCCCGUUGACCAGACAGGGGUCUCUGGUGGAGUUGCCUCUUUCAUUUGCCAAGCGACAGGAGACCCAAGACCUAAAAUUGUCUGGAACAAAAAAGGAAAGAAAGUCAGCAAUCAGAGAUUUGAGGUAAUAGAGUUUGACGAUGGAUCUGGAUCAGUUCUCAGAAUACAACCCUUACGGACUCCGCGAGAUGAGGCAAUUUAUGAAUGUGUGGCCUCGAAUAACGUGGGAGAAAUAAGUGUAUCUACCAGACUCACUGUUUUACGUGAGGAUCAAAUUCCCAGGGGCUUCCCUACCAUUGACAUGGGCCCACAGUUGAAGGUGGUUGAGCGUACACGCACUGCCACCAUGCUUUGUGCAGCCAGUGGGAAUCCGGAUCCAGAAAUCACUUGGUUCAAAGAUUUCUUACCUGUCGACACAAGCAACAACAAUGGCCGUAUUAAGCAGUUACGAUCAGGUGGUACACCAAUAAGAGGAGCCCUUCAGAUCGAACAGAGUGAAGAAUCUGACCAAGGAAAAUAUGAGUGUGUUGCCACCAACAGCGCGGGCACUCGCUAUUCUGCCCCUGCCAAUUUAUAUGUCAGAGUUCGCCGUGUCCCACCAAGAUUCUCUAUCCCACCCACUAAUCACGAAAUCAUGCCAGGUGGAAGUGUUAAUAUCACCUGUGUCGCUGUGGGGUCACCAAUGCCUUAUGUGAAGUGGAUGUUGGGGGCAGAAGAUCUGACACCUGAAGAUGAUAUGCCAAUAGGAAGAAAUGUCCUAGAACUGAAUGAUGUAAGACAGUCAGCAAAUUAUACCUGUGUUGCUAUGUCGACACUGGGUGUCAUUGAAGCAAUAGCCCAGAUCACUGUCAAAGCCUUACCCAAACCUCCAGGAACUCCUGUCGUGACUGAGAGCACAGCUACAAGCAUCACACUGACAUGGGACUCUGGGAACCCUGAGCCUGUCUCUUACUACAUCAUUCAGCAUAAACCUAAAAAUUCUGAAGAACCUUACAAAGAAAUUGAUGGGGUGGCGACCACACGCUACAGUGUCGCUGGACUAAGUCCCUACUCAGAUUACGAAUUCAGGGUUGUUGCUGUCAAUAACAUUGGGCGGGGGCCUCCCAGUGAGCCCGUGCUAACACAGACCUCAGAGCAAGCGCCGUCCAGUGCCCCCAGGGAUGUCCAGGCGCGGAUGUUGAGUUCAACCACCAUUUUGGUACAGUGGAAGGAACCUGAAGAGCCAAAUGGACAGAUUCAAGGAUACCGAGUUUAUUAUACAAUGGAUCCCACUCAGCAUGUUAACAACUGGAUGAAACACAAUGUAGCUGACAGCCAAAUCACUACUAUUGGCAACUUAGUGCCCCAGAAAACGUAUUCUGUCAAAGUCCUGGCUUUUACCUCAAUUGGAGAUGGUCCUCUUUCAAGUGACAUACAAGUCAUCACUCAGACAGGAGUGCCAGGGCAGCCACUAAACUUCAAGGCAGAACCUGAAUCCGAAACAAGUAUUUUGCUCUCUUGGACGCCUCCACGUUCAGACACCAUCGCCAACUAUGAACUGGUCUACAAAGAUGGGGAGCAUGGAAAGGAGCAACGGAUUACCAUUGAGCCAGGGACAUCUUAUAGGCUGCAAGGGCUGAGACCAAACAGCUUGUACUACUUCCGUCUGGCUGCACGCUCUCCCCAAGGCCUGGGUGCUUCCACAGCUGAAAUAUCAGCCAGAACCAUGCAGUCAAAGCCGUCAGCUCCUCCUCAAGACAUUAGUUGCACCAGCCCAAGUUCCACUAGUAUUUUGGUAAGUUGGCAACCUCCACCAGUGGAAAAACAGAAUGGCAUUAUUACUGAAUACUCCAUCAAGUACACCGCAGUGGAUGGAGAAGAUGACAAACCUCAUGAGAUUUUGGGAAUUCCUUCGGACACUACCAAAUACCUUUUGGAACAGCUGGAAAAAUGGACUGAGUACCGGAUCACUGUGACAGCCCACACAGAUGUCGGCCCUGGCCCUGAGAGCUUGUCCGUGUUGAUUCGAACCGAUGAAGAUGUUCCUAGUGGUCCUCCUCGCAAAGUCGAGGUAGAGGCUGUCAACUCAACAUCUGUUAAAGUCUCAUGGCGCUCACCUGUGCCCAAUAAACAGCAUGGCCAGAUAAGAGGAUACCAGGUGCAUUAUGUGAGGAUGGAAAAUGGUGAACCCAAGGGCCAGCCCAUGCUGAAGGAUGUCAUGCUGGCUGACGCACAGUGGGAAUUUGAUGAUACUACUGAACAUGACAUGAUUAUUUCUGGGCUACAGCCUGAAACUUCCUACUCCCUCACUGUCACAGCCUACACCACCAAAGGAGAUGGAGCUCGCAGCAAACCCAAACUGGUGUCCACCACUGGGGCAGUUCCAGGGAAACCCCGGCUUGUGAUUAACCACACUCAGAUGAACACCGCUCUCGUUCAGUGGCGCCCCCCUGUGGACACGUUUGGAGCCCUCCAGGGCUACCGUCUAAAAUUUGGCCGGAAGGAUAUGGAGCCAAUCACUACUCUUGAGUUCUCCGAAAAAGAAGAUCACUUCACGGCGACAGACAUCCACAAAGGAGCAUCGUACAUCUUCAGGCUCUCAGCCAGAAACAAAGUGGGCUUUGGGGAGGAGAUGGUGAAGGAGAUUUCUGUUCCAGAAGAAGUCCCAACUGGAUUCCCUCAAAACCUCCACUCAGAAGGCAGCACGUCAACCUCUGUCCAGUUAUCUUGGCAGCCGCCUGUCCUGGCAGAGAGAAAUGGCAUUAUCACCAAGUACACCCUUCUGUACAGGGAUAUCAAUAUCCCUCUUCUUCCAAUGGAGCAGCUCAUUGUCCCAGCUGACACCACUCUGACACUCAGUGGCUUAAAACCAGAUACCACAUAUGAUGUAAAAGUACGUGCUCACACGAGCAAAGGCCCCGGGCCGUAUAGUCCCAGUGUCCAGUUCAGGACACUGCCUGUGGAUCAAGCAGUGUUUGCAAAAAAUUUUCAUGUCAAAGCAGUAAUGAAGACUUCAGUGCUACUGUCUUGGGAGAUUCCAGAGAAUUAUAAUUCUGCCAUGCCUUUCAAAAUUCUUUAUGAUGAUGGGAAAAUGGUAGAAGAAGUGGAUGGCCGAGCUACCCAGAAGUUAAUUGUCAACCUGAAGCCUGAGAAGUCAUAUUCAUUUGUGCUGACAAAUCGUGGCAACAGUGCUGGGGGGCUGCAGCACAGGGUAACCGCAAAGACUGCACCAGAUGUUCUACGUACCAAGCCUGCCUUCAUUGGGAAGACCAACUUGGAUGGCAUGAUUACCGUGCAACUGCCCGAAGUACCUGCAAAUGAGAAUAUAAAAGGUUACUACAUAAUAAUCGUGCCUUUGAAGAAAUCUCGUGGGAAAUUUAUCAAGCCGUGGGAUAGUCCAGAUGAAAUGGAAUUAGAUGAGCUGCUUAAAGAGAUAUCUAGGAAACGCAGAAGCAUCCGUUAUGGGAGAGAAGUUGAAUUGAAGCCAUAUAUUGCCGCUCACUUUGAUGUCCUUCCCACUGAGUUCACCCUGGGGGAUGACAAACAUUAUGGUGGAUUUACAAACAAGCAACUCCAAAGUGGUCAAGAAUAUGUCUUCUUUGUGUUAGCAGUGAUGGAACACGCAGAGUCUAAGAUGUAUGCAACCAGCCCUUACUCUGAUCCCGUUGUGUCAAUGGAUUUGGAUCCACAGCCAAUCACAGAUGAGGAAGAAGGCUUGAUCUGGGUUGUAGGUCCUGUCCUUGCAGUGGUCUUUAUCAUCUGCAUUGUCAUAGCUAUUCUUCUUUAUAAAAGGAAGAGGGCAGAGUCUGAUUCUAGAAAGAGCAGCAUACCAAACAGUAAGGAGGUCCCUUCACACCAUCCAACAGACCCAGUAGAACUGAGGCGCCUUAAUUUCCAAACACCAGGUAUGGCUAGCCAUCCUCCAAUACCUAUCUUGGAACUCGCAGAUCACAUUGAAAGGUUAAAAGCAAAUGACAACUUGAAGUUUUCCCAGGAAUAUGAGUCAAUUGACCCUGGCCAGCAGUUCACAUGGGAACAUUCAAACUUGGAAGUAAACAAACCAAAGAACAGAUAUGCAAAUGUAAUCGCAUAUGAUCAUUCCCGAGUUCUCCUAUCAGCAAUAGAAGGAAUCCCAGGAAGUGACUAUGUGAAUGCUAACUACAUAGAUGGCUAUAGGAAACAAAAUGCCUAUAUUGCAACACAGGGAUCUCUCCCCGAAACAUUUGGGGACUUUUGGAGAAUGAUAUGGGAACAACGGAGUGCCACAGUUGUUAUGAUGACAAAACUAGAAGAACGAUCCAGGGUGAAGUGUGACCAGUAUUGGCCCAGUAGAGGCACAGAAACCCAUGGGCUUGUCCAAGUGACGCUGCUAGAUACCGUGGAGCUGGCCACGUAUUGUGUUCGAACGUUUGCACUUUACAAGAACGGUUCAAGUGAGAAGAGAGAAGUAAGACAAUUCCAGUUCACCGCCUGGCCUGAUCACGGUGUUCCAGAACACCCAACACCUUUUCUAGCUUUCUUACGGAGAGUCAAAACCUGUAACCCUCCUGAUGCAGGUCCGAUGGUUGUGCACUGCAGCGCGGGCGUUGGCCGGACUGGCUGUUUCAUUGUGAUAGACGCCAUGUUAGAAAGAAUAAAGCAUGAAAAAACUGUAGAUAUUUACGGCCAUGUAACUUUAAUGAGAGCCCAGAGGAAUUACAUGGUUCAGACAGAAGACCAGUACAUCUUCAUCCACGAUGCAUUGUCGGAGGCAGUGACUUGCGGGGAUACCGAAGUGCCGGCUAGAAACUUGUACGCCUACAUUCAGAAGCUGACACAAAGAGAAACAGGAGAGAAUGUCACAGGGAUGGAGCUCGAAUUUAAGCGUCUAGCCAGUUCUAAAGCUCACACCUCAAGAUUCAUCAGUGCCAAUCUUCCAUGUAAUAAAUUCAAAAAUCGCCUUGUUAAUAUUAUGCCAUAUGAAUCCACAAGGGUAUGCCUGCAGCCUAUCCGAGGAGUAGAAGGAUCUGAUUACAUCAAUGCCAGUUUUAUUGAUGGAUACAGACAACAGAAAGCUUACAUCGCUACCCAGGGGCCCUUGGCAGAGACCACCGAAGACUUCUGGCGGAUGCUCUGGGAGCACAAUUCCACCAUCGUUGUGAUGCUCACCAAGCUGCGUGAGAUGGGCAGAGAGAAGUGUCACCAGUACUGGCCAGCAGAACGAUCUGCAAGAUACCAGUACUUUGUUGUAGAUCCCAUGGCUGAGUACAACAUGCCACAAUAUAUACUAAGAGAAUUCAAGGUCACAGAUGCCAGGGACGGGCAGUCCCGAACGGUGAGGCAGUUCCAGUUCACUGACUGGCCAGAGCAAGGAGUGCCAAAGUCUGGAGAAGGAUUUAUUGACUUCAUUGGCCAAGUCCAUAAAACAAAAGAGCAGUUUGGCCAAGAUGGACCCAUUUCAGUCCAUUGCAGUGCGGGCGUUGGAAGAACUGGAGUCUUCAUAACACUAAGCAUUGUUUUGGAAAGAAUGAGAUAUGAAGGAGUAGUAGAUAUCUUCCAGACUGUCAAAAUGUUAAGAACGCAACGACCAGCCAUGGUGCAGACAGAGGAUCAGUAUCAGUUCUGCUAUCGAGCCGCACUAGAGUACCUGGGCAGCUUUGAUCACUAUGCAACGUAGAAACCCCUGACCCACUUUGGAUUUUUACUGCAAGCCCUUCAAUAUCCAUGGAGUCUCUUCUGAGCCAUACAGGGCAUUUGAGAAGUCCUUCUUAACUUCUAGCUAACAACCACUUAGUGGGACUAUCACACACAAAACAAAUUUAAAAAAACAAACUCUUCUGGGUGGACCAAGAAUUCACAGUUUAAUAAUCUAACCUGAAAAAUAAUAAAGAGAGUCCUGACUGAUGAGGCAUCUGAAGGAUUUUAUUUACAGAUACCUCAAGGAUUCAAAAUAAAGGGAAGAAGAAAUCACAGCAAAGAACCGCCAUCUUGUUCAGGAUUGCUUGAUGGGUGCAAAGAGAAAUGGCCUGAGUGCAGCAGUUCAGGGCAAGAUCUUUGCUGGCUUCUCAUGACAAAAUGGACUUUGCUUUGACAUUGCCCCUUCCCACCAUACUACUCAUGAUAACAUUUUAGGGGGAAAGGGGGUGGGGAAUGUUUAAAAAGAAAGUCUUUGAUUUAGUUUUUUAGUAUUGUAAAGAUACUGCUGACCUGUGCUUCAUUUUUAACUGUGUAAACUUUUUUUUUAACAAAAUGUAUCAUUCGAUAAAGUGAAUUUUAAAAAAGUUACAUAACUCUUCAUUUUUUAUUUCCAAAUUGUAGGUUUUUUUAAGCUGUAGAACUGUUAUCUGUGAUACCUUGCUGUAGAAAUAUCAAAUAAUUGGAAAAUUUGCACAUUUUUGUGCAAUACUCUUAAUCUACAGUCUUGGUCUCGUCUGGUAUUACUUUUACACUUCUGUCUGGUUUUUGUUGCUGAGAAAGUACCCAUUUUCUUCAAAUAAUAAAGAGAACUUUGUUUUGUUAUUUGGAAUCAACAGGGAGGCGCAAAGUAUAAAGUUGCUGCUAACAUAUAUACAUAUAUAUCCAUAUUUUAUAGGGGUGUCUAUGUAUAUAUAGAUAGUGUGUCCACACAAAAAGAUAGAUAUAGCUAUCAUUCAGUUCUUCCAUGAUUUAGUUUUUAAAUUUUUUAAGGUAGAGAAGCUACUGUAACAUCUUUUACAAUUUGUUAUUAAUUUUAUGACAUACUGAUAUUUCUCAAUAUCACAAAAUUUUAAUUUUUAAGGGAAAUGAGGAAUGCACAUCAGUGAUUGUCAAACCUCACCCCCUUAAUUUCCUACCCAAUCUCCCCCCACCCCCCUAAUCAUAUUCACAAAUACUAUUUUGUUAGCCAGGCUUCCAACAAAGUUCAAUAUUUCUAACACUCUAGUGCAAUAAAACAUUAUUAAAUAUCUAAGAGGUGUGCAUGUGGGAAAGGUCAGUGCAUAUCCCUUUAGGAGGAGAGAAUGUUGUAAUAUAUCAGCUAUCAAGAUGUUUAAAAAACAGUGUAUUCAAUCGUAUAUUGUCUAUAGUAUGUGCUAUGAAAUUUGCAUUUAUGAUAUGUAACAGGGGCAAAGCCAAACUCAUGUUACUCUGUUCAGUCGGAAACAUUUUUUGUGGCAUACAGCAUUCCUGGGAAGUGCUGUACUUUGUUUUCUUUUGGUUUUAGUUUUGCAUUUAGAGUGCCUUAUAAUUGAUGCCUAUUUUAAUAGCAUUUCUUUUCA